AUGGCUCACGACUUCGAGCUUUACUCCAACCCUCAAGAACAGCAUCUAGAGUUUCACCACAACCAACCUUAUGUGCCUGCCUCAACAUAUGCCAUGGAGCACGCCUUCAGCGCUCCCUUUGACCCAAUGGCUACUCUUGCAGACCUCCAACGGCCACAAGAUCUGCAAUACCACUACGAUGCCAUCGCACAAGGUGUCAAGCCAUAUCAGUAUCAAACCCCAGCAGGCUCUCCACAUUCCACUUCACAUUCUUUCCACGAAAUCCCCCCUGUUCUUUCGGCAUCUUCCGAAUCUGGCGCUUCAGUGUCGUCUUCUGCAAUGGGCUCCCCAUCACUUGUUCCGCAAUUCAACGAGUCGUGGCACACACUGGGACUCGGUGCCUCUUCUGGCUAUGACUACUCAGGGAUGGUAGCGGCUGAUAAGUCGUAUGUGGAUCCUAAUCUCAUUCAGCCCUUCCCAUUCGCACCUCAAAGCCCAUACCCUGAGAUCAGGGCUACUCCAUCUCCCUAUUUCCCCAUUGUCGAGCAGCCGCCUUCCCCAGCUCUCUCUCAACUCUCAUCGCGCACCCAGAGUCCCGGUUCGGCACACAUUAAAGGAGGUAGCGCUAGCCCAUACCUACACACUCAACGAUAUCAGCCUUACCCUCAACCUGGCGGACAACGGCGAGGCUCCGUCGUCUCUGUCCAAUCACAAAACUCAGGCACCAGCCGCAAGAGUGGAAGCAGCUAUGACAAGGAUGAGACCCGCGAAAAGGGCAUGUGCCCACUGCCUGAGUGUGGACGCGUCUUCAAAGACCUGAAGGCGCACAUGCUCACACACCGUGCUGAACGACCAGAGAAAUGCCCUAUCGCGACCUGCGAAUACUACUCGAAAGGUUUCGCAAGGAAGUAUGACAAGAAUCGCCACACACUCACACACUACAAGGGUACCAUGGUCUGCGGCUUCUGUCCAGGUAGCGGUUCAGCGGCUGAGAAGUCGUUCAACCGCGCUGAUGUCUUCAAGAGGCAUCUUACAUCUGUUCACGGUGUCGAGCAGAACCCUCCCAACAGCCGCAAGAAGAGCCCAUCUGGCCGCAAGGCUUUCGGUGGCUCGCAGCCCAGUGUUGCUGGUACUUGCUCCACUUGCUCGGUCACCUUUGCCAACGCGCAAGAGUUCUACGAGCACUUGGACGACUGUGUGCUCCGCGUCGUUCAGCAAACCGAUCCCAGCGAGGCCAUCAACCAACGCCUGCUCACAUCGGUUGCAGAGGAUCCAGAUGUCACCGAGACACUCGAUCGCAAUGGUCUGUCUAAGAGCAUCGAGUACACUGUUCCCAGCUACGAUGAAGACGAAGAGGAUGACUUCGAAGAAGACGAGGUCGACAACGACGACCACGAAGAUGCCACUUACGGCUCUCGUGUCGGCGCAACGCAGCACGUCGGGGGUGGCAACCACCUACCAAACCACCAAUCCUCCUCUCGCGUCCAGAAGUCGGGCCCUCGGGCCGGCCUUACCUUCUCCAAAGGAGGCGUAGCCAUCACCGGCUCUGGACGCAAGAAGCGCAAGAACUACCCCGUAUCCUGGGGUUGCGCAACCGACAAGAUGAAGAUGAAGAAGCGCGUCUUGUGCGUAUACGACGGCCAGAGAAGGCUGUGGAAAGACGACAUGAUGCUCGAUCAAGAGUUUGAAGUGCGCAUGAAGCUGCCUGACGGCAAGUCUUACGUCACGGAUCUGGACGUUCAGACCUUCAACCGCGCAGAUGCCCUGCAUUCCGCGACGAGGGAGGAGAGAGGACCUUGGGUGCCCGACAACAUUGUCGGCGGCAUCAACGGGGUGAGCAUGGAGACAGCACCACUAGAGUGGGGUCUCUGA